AAUUGAGUCUUAUUUCCAUGGAUUUUUUAAAGCCAGUGAUGAAAAUAGAUGAAGAAGGAGAAUGGGAAUACUACAGGAAUAUUGCUUCUUCUGCUACUUAUCCACUACACGAUGUAUUGUGGCAUGCAGCAAGUAUAUUUUCUGCCAUUAAUAUAACCAUGCCGAAGAAAAGAGUAAUUCUUUUUACAUGUCAGGACAAUCCUCCGAUGACAAAUAAUGAUGAGAAGCGUCGAAUAAUAGUAAAAGCAAAAAGUUUUAAUGACAUCGGGCUGCAAUUAAAUGUUGUCGGUCUGGGGAAAAAUUGGAACCACGAUUUGUUCUACAAAGACCUGGAAAUGUCAUCUGAAAAGAUUGACAGCGAAGAUUACAAAAGAACAUCUCUAGAUGAUAUAGUACAGCAAGUGAAACUACCAUCAAGAAAUAUGGCAAGUUUACCUUGGCGACUUGGAGAAAAUGUGAUUGUAGAUGUAACUGUGCGCAACUUUGCAUCUAAACGGGCGUAUCUGCAGAAGCAAGCGAUAAGUAAAGCAACAAAUGUUCCGUUAACUUUGCAUACAUACUUAACUGUGAAGGACAGUGACAAUAAGAACGAAGACGAUGAAUGUGAUAAACCACCGACGCCUGUCUUAGAAACAGAAAUUCAGAAAUAUCAACAAUUCGGUGGUAAAGAAAUAUACUUCACUCCAGCUGAAGUGAAAUCUUUGUGCACGACUCGAGAACCAGGCAUUGAUUUAAUUUGCGUAAAACCUAUUUUCUACCACCCUAUGUACCAUUUUGGAAUACCAUAUUUUGUUACACCCAGUAAAAGUACUCGUAAAGAUAACAAUUUACUGUUUGCUGCAUUGGUUGAUAAAUGUGAUUCAAGAAAUUUAAUGAUAGUAUGUGCAGUGACACUAAGAAAACGCUCUUGCACACUUCUAUAUACAAAUAACGGCAAUAUUCAAAGUGGACACAGUUAUUGCCACACCCUUUCUAAGAUAAUAAGUAUGUGCACGCAAUUUUUUUCAGAAAAUGUCCGAAAUCUUGACAAAAUUUCACAACAAUACAUCUACGACAAUGACCAGCACAAACCUCCAACCGAUCCAAAUGAGAUUGAAUUACUAGAAAAAAUUAUUAAAAAAUUAAGAAUAGUAUACGAUCCAAUGCUGUUCUCCAAUCCGAAACUUCAAGUUCAACUUCAGUCUGUGGAGGCUCAGGCUUUAGACUUAGAGAAGCCUGAAUCCCCACCCGAUGAUACUGUUCCAAAUAUCGAUGCAAUGCGGGAAAGAAAUGGCAAGCCACCAAGAAAGAAAGUUAAAAAAGCUGCCGAGGCUACUGACGAAGAUGCAUCACCAGAGGUUAAAGAAACGAUUCGGAAACUUGUAGAGGAAAAAAAGGUAGACAACGUUACAGUAGCGGAACUGAAAGUCAUAUUACGAACUUUGGGUUUAAAAACAUCUGGUAAGAAAAAUGACUUGAUCGAUAGGAUUAAAGAAUAUUAUAACUGA